GAUAGCAGAGGAGUGCAUUUCAGAAAGUGUGAAACGACAGGACCGAAUAUACCAGGUUGUCAAGGACAAUAUGGCGCAGGUUCAUGCUAAAGUUAAAAGAAAGCUACAAGGAAAGUCCAGGGUCCUGCAGGUUGGAGACAGAGUGUUGCGGCAAAACAUAAGGAGUCAGCAACGAAAGGGAGGCAAGCUUGACCCGGAUUAUGUUGGCCCAUACACGGUUCUAAAUGUGGAUGACAAAAGCAUUGAUCUCACUGAUGACAAUGGAAAAAUCUAUCCCAAAGUGAACCUUGACCACUUGGUGCACUUCAAAGAAGAACCGCCAGCAAAAAUUCCCAAAGUCACACAUGUCACAACAUCCUUACCUGCCACUAUGCCUUCAGUUCCUGUUCUAACGCCAGUCACUGUCAAGUGCCCACCUUUUCAAACCCAUCUUGUAUUCACCCAUCCUGUUACUUUGCCAGUUACACAAUUUACCCUGCAUAAUUUGCCCAUCACACUACCUAUUGUCACAUCACGGUCUCAUACCAUUUCCCAGCCUGCCUCCUCCCUGCCUGCAGCCUCCUCCCUGCCUGGUGCCUCAAAGCCUGCUGCCUCCUCCCUGCCUGGUGCCUCAAAGCCUGCUGCAUCCCAACUUACUUUGUUAGAAGACAUCUGGGCAGGUAAAAUUGGAGGACGAAUCUGGAGCAAAAUAGGUCCAUACAAACUCUUUUCUAUGGAUCUCGAGCGCCUCAGGCCAGGAGAGGAGCUUGAAAGUGAGGUUAUCAAUGCAUACCUUGCUUGUCUUGCAAAAAGAUAUACAGGGCAUGCAUUUGUCAUUGAUUCCUUUGAAAUGACAAAAAUGUGGAAUGGCAAGGCCUGUUUAAUGAAAAGGACGGAUCUGAAAAAAUAUGGCUUGCUGCUGGGGUCUGUAAAUGAAGCUCACCACUGGACACUCCUGUUGAUAUAUCCUCACCAAGGAAGGAUUGUUUAUAUGAACUCCCUUGGUGAAGGCAGCAAGAAACUGGUUCACUGCUGUAAGGCUGUGAGGGAUUUCAUGGACCACAAGGGAUUUCGGGGCACUACAUGGAAAUGUCUGAAAUUACCACACAGUUUACAGACAGACGGCAAUUCAUGUGGAGUGUUUGUGUGCAAAUUUGCAGAAGCCAUUUUAACAGGGGGAAACCUGAAUUUCCCAUGUGGUCCUGACAACAUUGCGGUCAUGCGUAAGGACAUUGGCCAGCGCCUCCUAAAUGAAUCGGAAGACCUAAGUGACUUAUGCUUGGCCUGUGGUAAUGAAUAUCCUUAUACAGAAGACAAAUUGGACACUUGGAUUGAAUGUGACAGCUGCAGUGGUUGGUAUCACUGGGACUGCAUGAGCAGGCCAAGUAUAGAGGCAGUCUUCAUUUGUCCAGGGUGCCAAGGACCUCUCUAGUGCAUAAUGUGCAUUCCUUUUCUGUCCCCCCCCAGCUUUGUCCAAGAUUUUACUGUAAAUAAUAAUAAAAAAAAAUCGACACCACCAAACUGCUUGUUGAAUUGAUUUCACAAAAGGCUGAUUUUCUUUUUCUCCUUUACAGCAGAUGUACCAAAAAUCUAUUUUUUUUAAACUUUCGAUUUCAAUACUUUUUCUAGACUAACUACUGCAACAUCUUUGCACAAUAAUUUGGUUUAUUCAAAUGCUUUUCAUUCAACACAACAGUGAAAGGCGUGAUAAAAGAACAGAAAUCUAUUUCAAUCUUGUGUGCUGUCUGGCUAAUUAUUAGUCUAAGAUUAUUAAAAAAAAAUUGUGGUUUGAUCAAGUUAACAAAACUUUAAAAAAAACAACAAUCACAUCAGGAUAGUUUACAAACAAACGUAUUCAUUCAGAUACAUUUCUACAAGUUUAUGUUAGAUGUUACAGGCAGUGAUGUAUUCAAUAACAGACAAUAACCAAUAAAGUCCCAGUUUAAAGCAUCGCAAGGCAGAAAGCUACCGCAACGAAAUGAAAUCAAUAUAGACGCAUUCUAGAUGAGGGUUGCUUAUCCACAUGAAGUAAUUGUAAUUUA